AUGGUGCGUAUGAACGUAUUGAGUGAUGCUCUCAAAUCUAUUCACAAUGCUGAAAAGCGAGGCAAAAGACAAGUGCUGAUCCGGCCUUGCUCCAAAGUCAUCGUCAAGUUUCUCACAGUGAUGAUGAAGCACGGUUAUAUUGGUGAAUUUGAAAUAGUGGAUGAUCAUAGGGCUGGCAAAAUCGUUGUUAACCUUACCGGCAGAUUAAACAAAUGUGGAGUUAUCUCACCGCGAUUUGAUGUUCCAAUUAAUGAUAUCGAGAGAUGGACCAACUUACUUCCAUCUCGACAGUUCGGAUACCUUGUACUCACCACCAGCGGAGGUAUCAUGGACCAUGAAGAAGCCAGACGAAAACAUCUUGGAGGGAAGAUUUUAGGAUUCUUUUUCUAA